AUGGCUACCGUCACCCCUUCCAAGGUCGCUGCCUCGGCUCUCGAGAACAUCUCCAUCAACACUCCCAAGAAGGAGGCUGGCAAGGACAUGCUUGCCAAGCUCAAGGCCGUUGCCGCCGAGUCCCCCGUGGAGGGCGCCAAGAAGGUCGUCGUCGUCGAGGAGGCCGCCCCCAAGAUGACCGACGCCGAGCUCCGCAAGCGCUUUGUCGGUGACAUCCACUGUGCCGAGAAGGAGGAGCCCCUCCUCAAGGAGUCGACCGACCGCUUUGUCCUCUUCCCCAUCCGUUACCGCGAGAUCUGGCAGAUGUACAAGAAGGCCCAGGCGUCGUUCUGGACCGCCGAGGAGAUCAACCUCGCUGCCGACCUGCACGACUGGGACAACAAGCUCAACGACAACGAGCGCUACUUUAUCGAGCACGUCCUCGCCUUCUUUGCGGCUUCUGACGGCAUUGUCAACGAGAACCUGGUCGAGCGUUUCUGUGGCGAGGUCCAGAUUGCCGAGGCCAAGACCUUUUACGGCUUCCAGAUCAUGAUGGAGAACAUUCACUCCGAGACCUACUCGCUCCUCAUCGACACCUACAUCCGUGACAACGCCCGCCGCAACUACCUGUUCAACGCCAUUGACAACAUUCCCUGCAUCAAGAAGAAGGCCGACUGGGCCCUCCACUGGAUCUCGGACAAGAACUCGUCGUUUGCCGAGCGUCUCAUCGCCUUUGCCGCCGUCGAGGGUAUCUUCUUCUCGGGCUCGUUUGCGUCUAUCUUCUGGCUCAAGAAGCGCGGUCUCAUGCCCGGUCUCACCUUCUCCAACGAGCUCAUCUCGCGUGACGAGGGUCUCCACACCGACUUUGCCUGCCUCCUGUUCACCCACCUCCGUCGCCGCCCCCACCCGGACACCAUCAACAGGAUCAUCCGCGAGGCCGUCGCCAUUGAGCAGGAGUUCCUCACCGACGCCCUUCCCGUGUCGCUCAUUGGCAUGAACGCCAAGCUCAUGUGCCAGUACAUUGAGUUUGUCGCCGACCGUCUGCUCGUCGCCCUCGGCAACGACAAGCUGUACGACUCGGCCAACCCCUUCGACUUCAUGGAGAUGAUCUCGCUGCAGGGCAAGGCCAACUUCUUCGAGUCGCGUGUCUCGGCCUACUCCAAGUCGGGUGUCAACCAGGCCGUCGGCCAGACCGCCGAGGUCGCCGCUGCCAAGCGCGCUUUCGCUCUCGACGAGGACUUCUAA